ACGCCAUCCCCAUCGGCAAGCACCGCGGUAACGUCGCACUGUUUAUAUUUCCGAUGACAAGGCCAAGACCGCAUAUAUAGAGAGAGGAAAUUGCACGCUCGCUUCUUCUUUCCUCCCAUCCAUCCAUCUUUAUUCUUCCCCGUCACAAAACCCACCCCCAAGAACGUGCCUCAUAUCAAGACAUUCAGAACCACGAAGCCAGUCAGAACGACAAAGACAUUCAAGACCCUAGACAGACUAAUCAGAGAAGUACCUACCAAACACAUUCAUCACCCACUAACCCACCCCCCCACCCCUCAAAAUGAAGGUCCCAUCCCUCACUGACCUCCUCCCCCUCGCCCUCCUCCUCACCCCCCCAACAGCAGCCCGCCCAACCCGCACCUACCCCUGGCAGCCAACCUCCACAGUCAGCACAACCUGCUCCCCCAACGGCGCCGUAAUCUGCAACGGCCCGCACCAAUACGGCCUCUGCAAUUUCGGCAGCGUCAUCUUCCAGCCCGUCGCGCUCGGCACAAUCUGCUACAAAGGGGCUGUUGUCGCUGCGGGCUCGGAGCCUGGCUCUGGCUCUGGCGGAUGGGGCGGCUGGGGCCCCUCGACGUGCUCGCCUAAUGGCAAGCUGAUCUGUAAGGGGCAGUAUCAGUAUGGGUUGUGCAAUUUCGGGAGCGUCGUGUUCCAGUCUGUUGCGCUGGGGACGAAGUGUAUUGAUGGGCAGAUUGUGGAUGCGUGAGUUUGCUUGCUUUUAUGUUUGAUGCUUGAUGAACUUGAUGGAUGCUUUUUUUUGUCGCGGAGGAGAGGAUUAGAUAGAUUAUGCCCUACGCUUAAUGAGUAUG